CCCCCGGCGCCGUCGCUGAGCGCCCCGCGGCCGCGGGUUCUCGGCCCUAGCCGGGCGCUCGGGCUCCAGCGCGGCCGGGGGGGCGGGGCGCCGGGCCCCUUCCGGGGAUGGGCCGCGGCGCCCGCGUCGGCCUCGCUCGGCCCCGGCUCCUCCCCGCUCGGGCGGGCGCUCGGCCGCGUCCCCGCCCGUCAGUCCGCCGGGCCCGGCCGGCCGCGCUCGGAGCUCGCAGGCCGCGGGGCCGGCGGCACCAUGUUCUCCCUCAAGCCGCCGCGACCCACCUUCAGGUCCUACCUGCUGCCGCCGCCGCAGCCCGAAGACAAGGUGAAUUCCGAACCGAAGAUCAAGAAGCUGGAGCCGGUGCUUCUGCCAGGAGAAAUUGUUGUCAAUGAAGUCAAUUUUGUGAGGAAAUGCAUCGCGACCGAGACGAGCCAGUACGAUCUGUGGGGGAAGCUGGUCUGCAGUAACUUCAGGAUCUCCUUCCUCACCGAUGACCCGAUGCCCUUCCAGAAAUUCCAGUACAGAAACCUCCUCCUCGGCGAGCACGAUGUCCCUCUGACCUGCAUCGAGCAGAUUGUUACAGUGAAUGACCACAAGAGGAAGCAGAAAGUCCUAGGCCCUAACCAGAAACUGAAAUUUAAUCCAACUGAGUUAAUUAUCUACUGUAAAGAUUUUAGAAUCGUCAGAUUUCGCUUUGAUGAAUCUGGUCCUGAAAGUGCCAAAAAGGUGUGCCUUGCAGUAGCUCAUUAUUCCCAGCCAGCAGAUCUCCAGCUACUCUUUGCAUUUGAAUAUGUUGGGAAAAAAUACCACAAUUCAGCCAACAGAAUGAACGGCGUUUCCUCGGGAGGCGGUGGCGGCCCCCACACCCCCCUGUUUGAGACCUAUUCAGACUGGGACCGCGAAGUCAAGAGAACGGGUGCGUCCGGGUGGCGCGUGUGCUCCAUCAAUGAGGGCUACAUGGUGUCCACCUGCUUGCCUGAGUACUUCGUGGUGCCAAGCUCCUUAGCAGACCAGGACCUCAAGAGCUUUGCCCACUCCUUCGUGGGAAGAAGGACGCCACUCUGGAGCUGGAGCCACGCCAACGGCAGCGCCCUGGUGCGGAUGGCCCUGAUCAAGGAUGCGCUGCAGCGGCGGAAGAUCGACCAGCGGAUUUGUAACGCGGUGACAAAGAGCCACCCCCAGAGGAGCGAUGUAUACAAGUCGGACCUGGACCAGGCCCUGCCCAGCAUCCAGGAUGUCCAGGCGGCCUUUGUGAGGUUGAAGCACCUAUGUGUCAACGAGCCUUUUGAAGAGACUGAGGAGAAGUGGUUUUCUUCACUGGAAAACACUCGGUGGUUAGAAUACGUGAGGACGUUCCUUAAACAUUCAGCAGAACUCGUGUACGUGCUCGAAGGCAGGCAUCUGUCCGUUGUCCUUCAAGAGGAGGAGGGGAGAGACUUGAGCUGUGUCGUGGCUUCUCUCAUCCAAGUGAUGCUGGAUCCUUAUUUCCGCACCAUCACCGGUUUCCAGAGUCUGAUCCAGAAGGAGUGGGUCAUGGCUGCGUAUCCGUUCCUCGACCGGUGCAACCACUUGAAGAGAUCGGAGAAAGAGUCCCCCCUGUUCCUGCUCUUCUUGGAUGCCGUGUGGCAGCUGCUGGAGCAGCAGCCCGCCGCCUUCGAGUUCUCGGAAACGUACCUAGCCGUGGUGCUGGACAGCUCCCGCCUCUCCCUGUUUGGCACUUUCCUCUUCAACUCGCCCCACCAGCGUGUGCAGCAGAGCACGGAAUUCGCCAUCAGUAAGAACAUCCAGCUGGGCCAUGAGAAGGGCCUGGAGUUCCCGUCGGUCUGGGACUGGUCACUGCAGUUCACAGCCAAGGACUGCAGCCUGUUCCACAACCCUGCCUACGUGGGCAAGCGCGCGCUCUGUGUGCACAAUGGCGCUGCCAAGGUCUUCAAGCGGACCAAGAAGAGCUACAGCUCCACACUGAGAGGGCUGCCGACCACCCUCAAGAACGGGCUCAUUAGUGACCCCGAGCCACUGGCACGGAGGAACUCACUGGUGCUUGGAGCGAGGCCGCUGCCACCACAGACCGACAUGGACAGGCCGAGCGGGGGUAUGGAGGCAUACUUCCGUGAGUGGUGCUCCAAGCCCGUGGACCUGCACGGCGUUCUCCUGCCACACCUCGCCGCCCCCCAUAUCAAACUCUGGAAGCUCUGCUACUUCCGCUGGGUUCCCGAGACGCAGAUCCACCUCGGGGGCUUCAUCACAGCCUUCCACAAGCUCUCCCUGCUGGCUGACGAGGUGGACAUGCUGGGCAGGACGCUGCGGCAGCCCUGCGCUGGCUCCCUGGAGCUGGGCUCAGCCGGCCAGGAGCAGAGCCACUUGUACUUCCGGGCCAGUGGUGCCCCCCAGGCCCUGGGGACGCCCGACUUCCUCUCCUCCUCCUUCCCCUUCUCUCCCAUCGGCAACUUCUGCCGACGCAGCAUCUUGGGGACGCCGCUGAGCAAGUUCCUGAGUGGCGCCAAGAUCUGGUUAUCAACUGAGACUCUUGCGAACGAAGACUGACUUGCGCCGCAUCCAGCGGGCGGGAGUGUUGGGAUUUGCACUAAUAUUUAAAAGGUCCGAUUAGGCUUCCUUGGGGCUGGAACUGCCAGCCCACAGUGUCCUGUCCGCUUCCUGUCUGCACUCCUGCGCCCCACUCUCUGCCACAAGCACGCGCACGGGGCUGUCUAGGGUCACUUGUCACUCCCCUAUUCCCUGAUGGGCCUUGGUCAGACUCAUCCCCCCAGAGCAGGCGCCGGGAGAGCUUAGAACACAAUGAGUGUCCUAGGACCAGACAAGCCUCCACAGCCGUCACGUGCUCUGCAGCCCAGGUUCCGAGGCCGUGCUUGUCAGCAGCCACUGUGCCCUGUCUGGGACCAUCCUCCACCACUGUCUGCAGCUCAGAAUGUGGCUGUUCCUGUGGAACAUACGCCCUUGACUUUCUAAUGCGUUCACUAUAAUACUAGGAACGCAAAAGUGCCUUUGACAGGAGCGCCCAUCUCUGAGCCAAUGCCAGAGUCAAAUGUGUGGGUUUUUUUUUUCCCUCUUAAAUCAGGGUGUUCAGGCGCCUAUUUCCAGAGAAGACAGACUUCACAGGAAGUGUGGCAGUAACCAGGGGUCCUCAGAACCACAUGCUGUCCUAACAGACCUGUAGGAGGUGGCACUGCUAUCUGGGCACAUGCUGGCAUAUUUGCCUGCUCCAUGCCAGCCCCUGGCAGCACUCCCAUUGUGUGGCCCUGCAGUGUGCACUUCUCAGAGGCACCGGGGCACCUGCACCCAGAUGGGCCCAGCUCCAGGGUGUUGCUGAGGAGAGCACCCAGGUGUUCUUGCAGGAAUGUAUGAGGAGGCUGAGAUGCAGGCAGGCGCGGCCUGGUCUCAGCUUCUUGUUUUCAGGGUGUUAUACCUGCAGCUCCCGUGCCCCACCCCCACACACCCCAUCCCAUGUCUGGAAGAUGGGGGGGUUCCUACUAGGCUCUUACACUGCCUCCUUUCAGCGCGGUCACAUCAGUUGCUUCCUUUUUCUAAAACAAGUUCGCCCAUGCUGUGCCUUUGUAUGUAAUGGGCUGUUUCUUUGCAUCAGUAAUGUCUGUGGACUUUGAGGGACAGAAGCCCCCAAACAGGCCCUUUGGAACAUCCCUUGCAUGAAUCCAAAGUUCUUGCCAACCUGUUGCCUUGAAGAGGACUUUUGGGGUUUCCAUGCAUGGCGUGAACCACCAACCAUUGUAAAGCCCUUGGUGGGAACCCAAGCCCUCAUAGGCCAGCAUUGCCCCCCAGGGACAGUCUGGACAGUCGUCUUCCUCGACCCUUCUUCGUGAAGCUGCUUUGUAUUAUUACAGAUUGUUGUAAAUUUGGUAUUUUAGGGGGAGGGGAAAAUCAUUUCCUUCUCAAAUAUUUUUCUCUCCUGAGACAUGACUUCAGCUUUUUUAAAUAAUUUUUUUUUUAAUGCACAAGAUCACAAAGAUCAGGUACUAUUAAUGCUGUUGGAAAGCAGCGAAGUGCAUCUUUUUGUUCAGUAAGCAUCUUUUGCCAGGCAGCUGCGCCUGCAUGAUCACCGUGUCAUGAGGUCACGGGCAUGGUGUGAAAGGUGGCAGUGCCAGGUGUGGCCAACCCUCCCGAGUGGGGCAGGGAUCCUGCAGGUGUGUGGUGUCAAGACUGGAGCGAGCACAGCAGGCUCUUCUGGUACACAGCCCGUCAAGGUUCCAUCCCUGGCACACCCUACGGUCUCCUGAGCCCCACGAGGAGCAGCCCCUGAGCACAGAGCCCAGAAUCAGCCCUGAGCAUCACUGGGUGUGGCUCCAAGCACAGGAGGAUGGCUCUUAAUGUUCUGGGGUGGAAGCCAGUUUUAAAAGCCCAGACACGCAGCUCCAAGUUCGCGUGAACAAAGCGAGGAAACUCGCGCAUCUACCCACUGCCUGCUGAGCAGGAGCUCUGGAGCCUGGACUGGAUGCAGAUGCACCUUUGUGCCUAAAGCGGACGGGCCCAUGGGGGGCACAGGCUGCAGGGGCCGCAGUGAGCAUUUGGGGAACUGCAGCCGCAAAUAAAAUCCCACAAGGGUUGCCUGUG